AUGUGUUCCUUUACCCUUCCUACUGAGCUUACCCGUUCUGCCGGGCUUCAGCAACAGCAACAGCUAUCGACGGGCUACGUCCACCAAGCCCGCAAUGCAAUUAAUGCCGACUUCGAAGCACAUCUGUCCGUCAAUCGCAGCCGCCUCCAGUAUAAUGCCACUCUUGGUGCCCGUCAAUCGACACACGGGCACCUAAUUAGCCAUGCCGGCUUCUGGGCUUGUUGCGGGUGUGGCCAGAUGAACAAUGAGGCCCUGGCCCCCGAGCGAUGUUCUUGCUGUAGCCAUAGCCGAUGUUCCAACUGCGGACGUCUCUGA